AUGAAACGUGUCCGUCGACCAAAUGUGUCCGUCGACCAAACGUGUCCGUCGACCAAACGUGGCCGUCGACCAAACGUGUCCGUCGACCAAACGCGUCCGUCGACCAAACGUCUCCGUCGACCAAACGCCCCCGUCGACCAAACGUGGCCGUCGACCAAACGUGUCCGUCGACCAAACGUGUCCGUCGACCAAACGUGUCCGUCGACCAAACGUGGCCGUCGACCAAACGUGUCCGUCGACCAAACGUGGCCGUCGACCAAACGUGUCCGUCGACCAAACGCGUCCGUCGACCAAACGCGUCCGUCGACCAAACGCCCCCGUCGACCAAACGCCCCCGUCGACCAAACGCCCCCGUCGACCAAACGCGCCCGUCGACCAAACGUCCCCGUCGACCAAACGCCCCGUCGACCAAACGCCCCCGUCGACCAAACGCCCCCGUCGACCAAACGUCCCCGUCGACCAAACGUCCCCGUCGACCAAACGCGCUGGUCAUCAGUGCCUGCCCCAUGA